AUGGGUGCACAGUUCAACUGGAGGAUGGGAUUCUUCUGGCAACAUGGGAAAACUACUCCCCCGAACCGCCUUUGGUCUACUUCCCUAUAUACAAAAGUACUGAUAAAGGGCGAGACCUGGGCUCCUUUCUCUACUGUCACUGACCUGGUGAACGGCUGGGGGCUGCGCUACCAGCCGGAUCUGUAUCUCCUCCCACAGGCAAUCGGCAAGGGAACAGUUAUUUGUUCGGCGUAUUCUAUCCCUACGGAUCUUAGUCAGACCAAGAUCGAUGUCUAUCCAUCCGUGAACGGCGGAAAGACAUGGUCAUUUCUCUCUACUGUCGCUUCUGGGGGAGUUGCCUUGUCGAACAAUGGCGAGACCCCAAUAUGGGAGCCAUUCAUGAUGGUCUACGACAACCAGCUUGUCAUGUACUACUCCGACCAGCGCGACCCAGCAUAUGGCCAAAAGAUUGUCCACGAAGUCAGCGCCGAUGGUGUGACCUGGGGCCCCGUGGUCAACGAUAUUGCAUACUCGACCUAUGAACAUCGCCCUAGAAUGCCGACCGUCGCAGCUCUGCCCAACGGCCAAUAUAUCAUAACUUAUGAAUACGGAUUAGGCCCUAAUCCCACGGGCAGCGGAGCGUUCAUCUUAACGUAUUAUCUCCAGCCCCCUCACAUUUGA